GUCGAGGCUCCCCGCGAGCCCCCCAGAGCCCCUUUGGCACGAGCCCCCCGGACCCGCUGCUCAUCUCCCCGCAGGCCGUCAUGUCGCCCAACUCGGCCAUGAGACAGCCGCAACAACCAGGUGUACAGGUGAGCCCUCAGUUCAACCAGGUCCCGAUGUCCUCCGGGUUCUCGGGCCAGUCGCCCAAUAUGUCCGGCGGCCCCGGGUCCUUCCCAGGAGGCCCGGCCAUCGCCAGCGGGGCCCCGUCAUUCAGCGCGGGGAGCAUGACCCAGUCGACGGCCAGCGCCCUGCAGGAGUUUGACAUGCAGUACCUGGACACCUCACUCAACUCCAUGGAAAGCAAAAACGUGUCGGGAGACGCCAUGGGUGCUGGUUCGUCCAAGUCGCAGUACGUGAAACAGGAGCUGCGCAACAUCUGCAGCGCCCGCUCUGAGAAGCAGCAGCAGCAGCAACAGCAGCAGCAGCAGUCUCAGAUGCAGGCCAUGGAUUUCGAGACUUCAAGUGAACUACCGUUAGAGAUUUUAGAAACAAUAAAAGACAUGUCCAAAGACCAUGGGGGCCCACUCAGCACAAUGGACGAGGAGGAAGUGGUCCUGCAGUCUCGGGAAGAGGCCAAACGACGCGUGCUGCAGUUCCGCAAACUGUCCAACGCAACCAUACCGGUGCCAGACGUCCCUGGAGAGUAUACGACCCGCUGACAAUACAAACAGCCUCCUGUGCCAGCUACUGUCGGAGUGAGCAGGUCACCACAGCUCACCCACUUAGGAUUUCUCUAUUGGCCAUCAUUGACAGCCCUGGGACGCUCACUUCUUCAUGCCAUGGAUGCUUGGUGCAGGCUAUGAACAGCUGAGAGAUGGGUGCUUAAUGUGUCGGUGCUGAGUGCUUUUUGUGUCGGUGUUGUUGCCGCUCUCAAGUUUCUGAAGAUCGGAAAAGAUCCCAAGUGUCAGUUUGGACUUAGUAAACGGUCCUUUGUGCUGAUGGCUUGCGAUUCUGGAAGGAUCUUUGACACUUUCUGUACCCAGUUAAUGAACAGAGUGGCUCCUGAUGAAGUCAGUAGACACCUUCCGUCGUCGGUUGUGCUUCUGUUGGAAGUGGUUUCUUCUGUCCAUGUGAUAUUUUCCGUGUUGGUGGGAGCUGGUGUCUCUGACGUUCCCGAUAUACCGUUUGUGCGGAGGAUUUUUUUUCUUUGGUCAACUAUUAACCACAGAUGAAGGUGUGGGGAAGAGGGGGACGUUCGGAGUCCUGUGGCCAAGUGAGCCAGGGCAGCAUGGCCGAGGUUAGAGAGCCGAGAGUGUGAGUGUUUAGUUUACAUUGCCCACCAUAUCCUUUACUUCUCAGGGAAUUAGAGCAGUAUUUUCCAGUAGGAUUCCACACCGGCCUCACCCCCACGUCGUGUUUGCCGGCUGAGCUACUCAUGGUCAGCUGUCUCUCUCUCUCUCCAGGUUUCACGAUGAGUGACUUUUAGGUCCGGCAUAUCAAGCAGUUGACACUGCAGACUGUUCCUUGCUACGGAUUGGACCUCCCUCCUGGCAAAAGUUCUGAGUACAAGUUUUAAACGAUGAUACCUUCUCUUUCCUUGGUGUGGAAUUUAAGCUUGAGCUGGAAGUGUAUUGUGAGUACCUGACAGACUCUUUGUUACCCUCGUGAGCGGAUUAUGAACCCUCAAGGCAGCCCUGUAGUGAUAUUAUUUCUUCAGUACCCCUGGAGGGGAGUGAGCCUAGUUACUGGUAAUACUUGUAUAGCAUUCACUGGGGUUGUCUGUUGGCUGCUCCCAUCAACAUACUGAUGACGGUGGUGAUGACGCAGUCGUCAGUGACACUAUGCCUGCUGUCUGUGACAUUGUGCCAGGGCUGGGUCGGGUCACACCCUGUGGUGUCUUGGAGCACUCUGCUACCUGUGGAGGAGGAUGCGAGUGCUGCUGGGAUGGAUACCGCAGUGCCAGGCUGCUGUUCCUACUGUUCCUAGGAGCUGUGGUUUACACACACACACACACACACACACACACGCACACACACACACACACAUUGUGUGCACCGUCGCUUCUGUCAGAGGACAAAGAGCAACGGGCGAGGAGUGUAGCUGGCUUGUCACAGAAUAUCGCUCGCUGCCCUCCCCCCCCUAACUCCUGGAGCGUGACAUGGAAUUCGUUUUUUGUAUGAUACAAACAUGAUGUAUUUGAAGAGAUUUUUUUUUCUUUUUUUCACUCAAACUUCCCGUAUGUUUUGACAGCAUCAUCACAUUUGAUUGUCCAUCAUGUAGAAUUAUGUUACAUGUAUAUUCUGUUUUUUAUGGUGGAAGAGAUGACAUUUAUCCAGUGAAGAUUGUUUCCAGCAUUUCGCUGUAGAACUGUACAGAACUCUAUGUUUUAGUUUGUCUGAAAUAAUCUGUGAUGAUUGAUGUGGUUGGACACAGACUCUUGAGUCCGGGGAACACUCUUUUGGACGUGUUGACUCGGAGACUGUCGUGUUGCUGUCCCGUACACACAGAGGAUUGUGAAGUCGCAGAGACGGGACGUUGCCGUGCUGUCGUUCCCAGCAGCGGUCUCGCCCGUCCUGCACUCUUUAAUGGUGUAAACAUUCUAUUACUGUGUUGUUUAGAUAUUUUGUUAGUAGAGAUUUGCGUCGCAAUAUGACAUGGUAUUCACCUGUCCAUCAGUACUGUACUGUUCAGUGAGUGAUUUUCCUCUCAUUUCCUCUUGUACAAAAUGUUUCUCAUUCUACAAUUAUUCCCCCCGCCCACCCCCUCCACCCACACCCCCACCACCACAAGCCAAGAUGAUUGUUGGAGGAAUGAUUGUAGUGACUGCACACACCCUGAUGUACUGGGAUAGCGUGUGUCAUGGAACGAAAGUAGUGUGUCGUGUACUGAGAACAGUAUCAUGCUGUGUGAGCCACUGUCAGAAGAUGCUGAUGCGUGUGGCCCUUUGGGAUCGACCUCCUUGUUUGUGGAGUGUUGAAUGAAGAGUCAGUCCUGUUACUUUUUGAACUGUCAACAACGGUGAAGCAAAUGGCAUUUGUGCAUAGGUAGUCUCUCAUCUAACAGAAGACACGGUACAUCGUACAUCAUCGCUUCGUGACUCUUGAAUUAUGUGACAUCACACUGUUUCCAUUAUGAAAUCUUACACAUAACAUAUAUAUGUUAAGCCGACGUACACUAGAGCGAUUGUCACAACUCUAUUGAUCCCUUUCCUUCUCUUGUGUGUUCACAUACAUAAUGUUACCAUUUCAUUUGUUGUUUUCUGCGCAGAGAUCUAUCAUGCGUGUACUGGCACGUUUGAGUGUGCAGGUGUGUGCAGCCAGUGGCGUGUUGUACAUACGAGCAUUUCUACUGCCUUUGUUCAUUUGUUCUGUCUUUCUGUUUGUGAGGAGCACUGUAUCCACUAGUUGCUACCACUGCAGGGAUUUCCUAAUGCUCAAUCCAGAAAGGAUCAUGAAGUAAUUGUGUUGUGUCAUGAGAUUUGCUGACAAAGUUCUUUCUUCUUCUCAAAUUCUUUCGAUUCACUUUAAAGUAAAACUACAAACAAGAAAACCUAUUUUUGUUUUCGUUGGCCAAAUGUCUUGUGUUAAAAUACUGAGUGUAGACAUAUGCUUGACUACCACUGUGUAGUCUUGGCUCUAAGCUGUGUGGCAUUUUGGUUUACAUUGACACUUUUUCCUGGUCUUGCAUGCAAUGCAUCUAGAUCCAACCAGUUUGGGUUUUUGUUUUUUUUGUUCCCAUCAAAUCACUCAUGUGGACGGUUUCAAGAAAUAUUUGCAUUCAUCUGUAUGACUAUGAGUAUGCUUGCAGGUUGUGGAUGCGUUCAUUAAUGUGUGUGUGGGUGUAAUAAGAAUAAUGUGUGUGUAUGUGUGUUUGUUAAUCUUGUUAACGAUCUCACUUUCUGGGGAGCAGCUGUUCAGUGUCUUUUCUCUAACAGUUGUUAAUUCUGGGCCCAUGUUUUAUUUUGUGUGUGUGUGUGUAUACAAUGUGUGUAUGUGUGUUAUUCUAGUAUUUACUCCGAAUAGAUUUUGACGGCUCUCCCGAGUGUAUAAGGCAAGGAAAGAUAUAGGCUUCCUCUUCUAUAAUAAGUUGAACUUUUCCGAAGUUGAGCAUCUCAUAAAGAGGCUUUUUAGAAUGGCUGAGUUUUUCGACUGGUGGAAAGCUACAAUGAAAUAUUACAAAUAGAAAGAUACUUCUAAUUAACUUAAUGCUUCGGGUCAGAUAAGUCUUAAUUUUGUUAAAAAUUAAUGAAGUUGAGUCUUGUUUUUUUAACUUGAAGGGCGUGUCCUCUGCAGUGUAGUAAGCACCAAAGACUAAUUAAAGUCAGAGGACAAUCGGCUCUCGAUGGCGUAGAAUGAGGUGGACAAGCAAGUCUACCAAAUCAGUCAAGGAAGUCAGUGCUGAAUGCAGGUUUUAUGUUUUAAUAACAAAUGGCUGAAAUUCAGCAAGGAAAAAAUAUCACAUUUACUCCAUAAAUGUUUGGCUUUGAGUAGUUAACAUUUUUUUUUAAAAGAGAAAAAAUAGCUCUAGGUCAAAUUUGGGAACCAACUUUUCAUUUUCAGCAAUGGACCCCCGAUGUUGACCUCUGUUGUUCUGACCUUUGACCUGGUACUCUCGCAUAGAGGAUAUAUUCUGUUGUUGUGGCAUGCAAGGAUUUCUGUUUCUCUUGUUGAUGGCUCUACACCACGGUGAUUGUUGCUCACUGUUCUACUACUACUACUACCACUACUACCACCACAUGUUUUUUAUGGUUCUGUCUUUUACUCUUUCUCUGCGGGACUUGUCCUAUUUUCCCGGUGUACCCCCCUGUGUGUACCCAUGAGUUUACUCGUGCUUUGCACUUGAUCAGUAUGGUGGAGCCAUCCUCCCUCUUUAUUUUGCCAGUAUGGUCUGUUUUGUUCUCAAACUUUUCUCAGCAACUAUUAACACAUGAGAUACGGCCCUAUCAGAGACAGACAUUUACUUUUUGAAGGUCCCGCCUCUUAAACAACCUAAUGGUUCUAACUUUUAACAGACAACGAACUGAAGAACUGAAAUCUGAAUAACGAUAAUUGAACUUUGCACAAUGAUAGUUUUCUUGACAUCCGAGUCUUAUUCUGUGUCUAGUGAGAUAGCCUACUUAACUUCAUCAAUUCUCUCUCUCUCUCUAUUUACAUAUAAUAUUAAAAAGGGACAUAGCACAGAAGUGAUGUGAGGCAACUAUUUGCACCAAGGGAGAUUCCCUCUGGACCCAAAGAAGAUGAGUAGGACUGUUUAGACACGAGCUGGGCUGAGCCAUUUCUUGGAGAUGUUGCCUUACUGUAGAAAGGGUUAGAAGAGGACGUUUCAGGUUAGGCCUGCUAGGUUUGUUUCUGCCGUUUCAAAUUGUUUCAGUUGGAAGAAAAUUGUAAGCAUUUGUCCCUGUGAAAAAUACCCCGAUAGGCAUAUAUAUAUAUAUAUGUGUUUGUCUACGAGAAAAUGGCACUGAAACCUUUGCUCAAUGUGAAGUCCGUGAAACUUUUCAACAAACAUGGACAUAUAUGCUUUUAAAGAGAUUGCAUAAUAAUAUUCUCUUUUUGUUCAUGGAUGGCUGUAUUUUUCAAACAAUUGUAGUCUUUCUACACGUACAGGACAAAACUGUUUCUUUCUUUCUUUCCUUUGUUCUCAGAUGGGCUUUUACUUUCUGGGGACAGUCGAAAUGUUCCCCCCUCUUUCCCCCGUCACUUGUAAUGGGAGAGCAUGCGAUGAUUUCUAUUUGUUCAUUUCUCUGAGCUCUCCGAGUUCUUUCUCCAUAGUUGAGGUGGACAUAUCCGAGUCUGUCUGUUGUUGUUUCUUGUUAGCCUUCAAGUUGUGAUACACUUCUGUUUCCUUUCUGUUUCUUGUUGAAUACUGUAAAAGAGAAAAACUUUUUGAUGAAAAAUUAUUUCCUGGACUGACGGAGGUCUCAGUUUCUUAAAACAGUGUCACUCCCGGUACUUCGAAGUUAACAAGGUUUACUUUAAUUCCUUUUUAAAAAAAAAAUCUUUCUAUUAUGUGUACAUCUUUGUUACUUUUAUAUUUCACCUUGUCGUUCCUUACUUGUUGUUAUAAAAUAGUUUGCACAGGAGGCAUGUAAAAAUAAAUAAUCCCCCACCCCCAACCCUACUCCCCGAAUCUUUUUCUGAAUGUACUAUAAAUGAUGAAUGUUAGUAUAAAAGUGUACACUUCGCUCCUCUGGCUGUCUUCUGUUCCUUUCAGUUACUUUUACCUUUUGUUUCCAGGUUGUAAGGCCCUCUCAUUGUGAUAAAGAGCUUCUACUUUCGCUUUACUUCGGGCAAGGAUGAGUUGUUUUGUUAAGAGUUUUAUUUUUGUUGACUAAACUUACAUCGCUUUACUGUGUAAAAACUUUUUUAUUCCGAUUCCUUUCUUUGUUUUGUUUUUGUCUCUCGUGGCUUGGAGAACUUUGUAAAAGUAAGAUGUUAUUCCUAAAGAAAGGUACCGUUGUGUUUUGCUUUCUGAUUCAUUUUUCUGUCAGAUUUUUUCUACUCAUUCAUGAGACAGUCGCAAGACAGGAAAUAACACUUUAAGGCCUACCUUCACGAUACGCAACUUAUAGGGAAACAAAGUUAUCUGUGUCCAGCACCGUGUGUUGGUACAACAGUAUGUUGUUUGUCUGGUUGAUUGAGUCGCUUUCCUGUCUGUUACAUGUGCACUACCGGUUUCACUUUUUUGUUUGUUGUUUCAAUGAAAUAGCUUAAGCCGUGAAAAGUAGAUUUUUAAUGACUUUCUGGGACGAAGGAUGGGUCUCGAGUGUCUUUGCUGAAUGAUUUAAGGAAUUGAUCUGGGGGAGGAAAGUGGUGAUUGACUAGUUAACAUAUUUCAGAACAAUGAAGAGUGAAGGAAGGUCUCUCGAUAAAAGUAUUACAGAAAAAGUACAGUGUAACAUGUUUGUAGAGGCUAUUCAGAAGUCCAUAAAACAGAACAGAUGUUUAAACUGUGGACUCAUCAAAGUUCAAAUGAAUAGAAGGAAAGAUUGUUGAUGAGCUGCGCGUAAGCUUUCUCUUGUCGGGUUUCCAAGUUCUUCGGAGUUCCCUUUUACUUUUACUUUUAGUUGAUUUGUUUUUGUUUAUUAAAGAGGAAAAUGUUCAUAAGAAUGGGAGAAAGCUUUUUAAAUACAGUACGUAAAACUCCCAUAACACAAACUUCAUGGGAGCAGAGAAUUUCUUUAUGUGUAGGAGAUUUUGUGAUAUAUUUUAAAAGGAAAAUUGCACGCAAAAUAAAGAGGGUAUGAAGUGGGGGGGGGGAUAAUGUUGAAAAUCUUUCGUGUGAACAGGAAUUUUAUGCCAAAUUUCAUAUCAAACAAAGUGUACAACAUGUUACUUGUAAGCAGUGGUUAUAACAUUGUAAAUCAAUGUUUCAAACUUCAGUACUGGUGUAGUACAGAUUUCAGAUGUUGAGAAGUCUGAUUAUAAGCGAUGUUGACGUUUAUUAUUACAGUGGACGUUAGAGGAGUUAUGUGCAAAUGUGAUGAGUUCUGUGAGUGGAAAGUCUGGUUGUGUGUUCGGGAACCUUCAUGAGAGCUCAUCUUUAUCAUCAUUGUCGGCAAAAUCUCGUUUCAUGUAGCUCCUUCUCACACUCGCGUGUUGAUCUUUCUAGGGAGACUUCUUUUUUCAUGUUUGGUCCAUACCACGACAAAUGUUUAAAAGCAUGUACAGAGAGAUAAGUUAUAUUAUCAUAGCAAGGUAUUACUAUUAAUAGCGUUCUUUGAUGUAGUCCGUUCCCGUGAUCAUGAAAUUAUUUUAGUGUAUGAAGCAUUGUAGUUGUAGUUAUAAUGACUGUUACUCAGGGAUGUAUGUGCGUGCCUUUGGCUUUGUCCAGGUCCUCUUGUGCUAAAUCACACUUUUUUUCUCAUCUCAUGACCAUCAGUCGUCCUAGGUGUGCGUCUUCAUCCAGUUGGGUUGGGGUUUUGCCUCAAAGUUAUUUUGUUGAGAUUUGAUUUCCUGACCAACUGCGAAUGUGGUGUAUUUGAGAUCAUAGUUUUAUAUUUUACCCUUUGCUUGAUAAUUUCAGAGAUAGUAAUCACAGAUAUUUGCGCUAUUUAUGAAUCCUUCAUAUCUUCGUACUCUGUUCCAAAUCACAGAAUUUAGACCCUAUGAUGUUUAUUUUGAACCAUAUUAUAUACUCUCUUUUCUAAACAUGUUCAGACAGUGCUUGACAUUUGAUUUUUCCACUCCUCAUCAUUUGUUCCCAGUCAGGUUUAGCGUUAUGUAGCUUUGUGCUUGUAAGUAGUUCCUGUCUUUGCACAUAUUAUCUUUGUGUUUUGUCUGUGUCUGUGUGUGUGUUCUUUGUCUUUAUCUGUUUGUUAUUCAUCAAUUCAAAUAAUUGUUGGCCUUUCUUUUUUUCAUUUUGAAACACACACAUUGGAGACUUAACAGACAAAAUAGGGCAAAAAAACAUCCGACUUCAUGUUAGACAUUGGAAGACACAUGUAUGCUUGUCCCUGCAUUCACAGUCACACAUACUACUACAACGUGCAGAUGCUCAAACAUUUUAUGCCCUCGGUACCGGUACCAUAGAUUGUGGGUCUUCUUAUUGUGGCGGGAGAAGGUGAGGAUUAAAACUCUUGUGACAGGAAGUCAGUUUGAUUUUCACUAUGUGCUGCCUUUCCCGUGGUAUGUUUUCCUAAGGAUGCAGAACUUAACGAAAACACUGGAGUCCUUGGGAUUCAAAAGCCAUGAUGAGUGGCAUUGCCUUCUCGGAUCUUUUGUCCAGAAAAUGAUGAAUGACGGCGGUCACACACGUCAGGAAGUAGUUGAGAUGCCACUGGUGGUGGUGAGACCAUCGUGAAAAGUUUGUUAUUCAAGCCAUAGAUACAGUAGAUGAAUGGCCAUUGGUGUUGGGAAGAAGGAUGAUUACCAGAGAAGCUCUCUGCCACAUAUAAGAAGUCCUAAGGAACUCUCGGAGAUAUUUUUUUUUUAAAAGGAAAACGGAUGUAUUUGGUAGAAUGGUUUGUGAUGGGUGUUCACAAAUGUUUUCUCUUUACAGUACUUUUCAGCAAAUGUUUACAAAUAACUGAGGGUAAUAUGGAAAAGGUAAUUCAGACAAAGGAAACUUUAUAUUUCAUGAAGCUCUUUCUAGAUAAUUUUUUCUUUCUAAAUGAGUCUGCAGAACAUGCUGAAUUAUGAUUACAUGAAUUUGUUACAAGGAAUUUGUUACCUUAAAGUGAGGGAUGUGGGCAAAUAUGUGUGUCAUCCCGGAGCUAUUGUGCUGGCUUACUUGGAAGACAUUUAAAUACAUCUGCAUGUUUAGAUAGCAACAGUGAAGAAUAACCCCAGGCCUGAUGUAAUAGCUCUGAUUGUAGUGGAGAGGAUUCUACUUGACAGGAGCGUGCGGAUUGUCUGCUCAUUGUAAGGCUCGCUCAGAUGUCACUUUUCGAAAUGAUGUGCGGCAGAGUCCUUCACUGAGCAGUCCUAAUGAGAUGUAGGGAAAGUGGGCCUGGGAGUUGUUCUUUACUCGUGCCGUUUCUAGCAUCUGUCAGUGAGAGUCACUUUUGUUUCUCAGAACCGGUAAGAAAUUGUUAUGUUUUGUUGUUACAGAUUCCAUUGUGAUCUUUUCUUUUUUUUUUUUUCCUUCUUUGGUUGAAUGUAUCUGUUGACAAACCUUGUUAGUUUGGUCUCUGGCCCCCAGCGGGGAGACAGCUCAUGUACAUACCGUGGCAUUGACAUCUGUACAGGACUUCAAGUAAACGUUUCAUGUAUUCUCUCUGCUACUGUUUUGCAUCGUGUACAUAAUUUCAUAGCUUUGCCAUUACAUUCACAAGACGGAACAUUUUGACUGUGUAUCAUGUGUUAUAUUUGCUGCUAGGUCAUUUUGUAAGACAUGCAUUUUGUGAACAUUUUUAUUAGAACUUUAUUUGGGAUUACUUUUUUUUUUUCAUUGUUGUCGGAUUUAUUUUUCAGAGGGGAGUGGGGGAGAAAAAAGUCUGGUUUGUUGUUGUUGAAAAAAAUUCCAUCAUUGUGACUUCUCCUGCUUUUGACUGUAGUAAUUUUUUCAAAGCAAUUUUAUUUGGCCUGGUGAUAAUUUUUUCUUCUAGAGCUUUCCAUGCCUCUUUUGUUGUCCUUUCCCCUGUCUCUCUCUAAGGUUUUUAUCCAGUUCCAAUAUAUGUUUUAUAAUUAUAAUCCACUUGAAGCAAAAUGAGGCCCAGUAAUUUCACAUAAAGUUUAUAUGUGUAGCUUUUAGCAGAACUCGAUGUACAAAGAGUUCUGGAGAUAUUUUAAACUUUAGUAGGGAGGAGGUCAAGAAACAGCUGCUGGAGUGGUGUUCUUCAUUAUUAUAAGUUGAAUGAAGUGAAGAGAAAGCUCUGUUGUCGAGGCAGAAGUCAGUAACAAUCAGCACAGUGGUCCCCCUGGUUUGUGUCUAUGGUUUAUUGACCAACUAAAAUCUGGCCUCGGGUAUGAUGUGGCCUCCGUGCCCGGUACAUAGCCCCGUACCCUGUUUUGAGUGAUGGACUUUGCGUCACUUCCACAAAAUGCAGUUGACAGCAGGGUGUAUGUGGCCAAAGAGCAAGGGUCUGACUGAUGUUGAUAAGUGAGCUAGUUGUACAGUACCAGACGUGCUAGAACUGAUAAUGCGAAAAAGAAAUGGUAGAAGUAAAAAGAACUAGUAGCCUCUCGUUUCUUAUCCGAUGUUUUGUAAUGGAGGUAACAUCUCCUGUGGUAUCCGCAUAGACCGCUAGCUCUUGUCAAAAUGCCUGGAAGCAUGUGCCGAGCAAUUUCUUUUUAGAUGUUGUUUGGAGAAAAAGUAUAGUUUUAUACUAGGAAAGGUUCUGAUAACAUGCACUGUAGUAUACUGGUAAGCUGGAAUGUAAUGCCCUUUCCAGUGGGAACAAGGAUAGUAAACAGUUUCAAGUGCAAAUUUUGUUUCUGCUGUCCUGUUGCAUCAAAAGCAAAGGAAAGGGAGGGACUAUAUAAAGUGUGUAAGUGUACAUGUAGUAUGUACAUUUUAUCUUUCCUUUUUGUCUGAAGACGUGGCUCGUCACUGAGGAAAGUGGCCAAAAUGUCAGGUUGUUUUCUUUCGUUCACUCUUCUAGAAAGGUAAGAACAUCGCACUGUUGUCAUACAGUUACAUUUUAGUGUUUGUUUUUGUUUGAGUUUUUUUUUAAUGAUUUGAGAAUCAUGAUUUGAUUUGCUUGAUACUGUAUUUACUCAUGUCCUAGAGACAUUUGCCAUGUUAUUGUUUGAAUGAUUUCAUCAUCAUCAUCAUCGUCGUCACAACAUUUGUCAUCGCAGCAUCAUUGUCGUUCUACAUUGUUUGGCCAUUUCACAUCAUGAGACAUUCAGCGAGUGUACUGAUGUAUUAGGCAGUCAGGCUGCUAGUUUUCUCUCUCUUUCCCUCUUUCUCUCCAUCUCUUACUUGGGUUUUUUUGUUGUUGGAGUUUUUAAAAAGUUUUUUUUGUAAACCGACCCCUGUCAAAGUUUUAAUGUUUUAGAUACAUAAACAAUAAACAUCUAUACAAAUGUCCUCUUGAGGGAUUUGAACAGUUAAUACUCAACAGUAACUCUUCCACCCACCACCCACCCAAAUCCUGUCACUGAACGGAUAAAGUAUAUCCCAUGAGAACUUUGUUCUCUCCUUCUCCCCCCCAUCCUUCACUAUUUUCUCUCUCCUUCCCCAUUCCUCUUCUCGAUUUCUCUCAAGUUACUUGCUGUCUCUCUCUCUCUCUCUCUCUCUCUCUCUCUCUCUCUCUCUCUCUCUCUCUCUCUCUCCCUCCCUCCCUCCCUCUCUCUCCCCAUUUUUCUCUUCUAUCUAUAUAUAUGUUAUGUCGCGCAGGUACACUCGCUACGUCUGGGUUUUUUUCCGAUGAUUUUUAUUGUGAAGGCAAUAAAAGACAUUGUAUGAUAUAGA